AUGAAGUUCCUGGCUGCAUCUCUCGCCGUGUUGGCCGGUAGUGCCAGUGCUGCGCGCCAGUCCAACCCUGGCCAUCGUACCCUCUUUCCGGCACACCCUCCGGGUCACGAUGCCAACCACCUGGAUCAUCUGGUUCCGGGGUUACAACAAGCCCUGCACUAUCGGGAAGAUGGCAAGACAGAACACGAUGUCUCCUCAUUCGGACACAUCCUGUCGACUUUCAAUUACCCCACGGUCCUCCUCGAUCACUCAUCGCACGUAAAAGAGGUUGCCUGUCGCCCCAACGGUCUAGACGUGUGCUUCACCAGUGAUGAGGCCAAGAGCCACGCAGAGGAGACAUGGAAGGCGAACCACGGCCCUCUUCUCCUUGGUACUAACCAUGCAGGCUGCGGUGACUAUGACACCGGCAUGCGGACAUUCUGGAAGGUCUCCUCUAUCAGCUUUGGCUCUUCUAAGAUGAAGAACCGAUGCGCGCAUGUCAAUGCCACCGAGCUUCCCCUCGAGGACGCCAUGGAUGAAUUCGAAAUGGACUUUGGCCACUACGAAGAGGCACUCCAGCAGAGAGACCAGAGAGCAGCACAGCGCAAUAGCCUGCGUCGACGCGACGCUGCUAUCGCUGAGGACGAUACAGUCGACAUCACGGAUGAUCCAGACAAGCUGGCGAGUUUCUUCGAGGAACCUAUCACGGAGACCUACCCCGAUGCGCCCGAGGCCACACCUGCGAACUAUAACGGCACGGUGACGCCAAUUGACAAGCGUGCCAUGCUGCAGGAACGUGGAUUCUGGGACUGGAUAUCCAAUGCGGUCAAGACGGUCGCGAAUGCUAUUGUGGACGCUGUUGAAACAGUAGUCAACGUGGUCAAGAAGGUCGUCGAAGUCGUCAUCGAUGCGGGUCGGGAGAUUGGCAAAUUCAUCCAGGACCCCUUGGGCUACGAAUGGAGUCUCGGAACGAGCGUUGAGCGGUCUUUCAAUCUCGGUGGUUCAGGCACUACUCGUGUGCCCACGAGCUCUGGAUUGUUUGGCGAAGGCUCGGGACUGGUGAUUGCAAGCAGCGGGAUCAUCCCCGCCAACAUUAGCUGCGAGAACUGCUAUGCGCGGGGCGAAGUCUCGUUCAGCGGCCGUGUCGCAGCCAGCAUCAGAGACGGCAUGAAGGAAGGAUACCUGCAAGCCGGAGCAGGAUGGGACUCGCGGUUGGCGCUGGCAAUGACGCUGCAGGGCCAGUAUAAGCUGGAGGCGUUCAAGAAGGAGCUCUUGGCGUAUAACCCGACCCCCCUUCAGAUUCCGGGUUUCCUGUCCAUUGGUCCCCAGAUCUCGGUCAGUGCGGUGAUCGAUAUCUAUUUCCAGGCUGAGGCAGACAUCCUCAUCGGCGCCAAGUUUGAGAUCACCCCCGGUAAGGCACGACUGGACUUCCUGGACGGCAGCAAGACGGGGGUCACCGGAUUUGAGCCCAAAUUCACACCCAUCGCCAAGUUCCGUGGUGAUCCCAAGUUGGGUGUGACGUUGGACUUCGGUCUCCCACUGGCGCUAGAAUUCGGAGUCGACGUUCUCAAUGGCAAGUGGAAGAAGACAGUAGGCCUGGUCGACCAGCCCUCAUUCCUGGUGAACGCCAAGGCCGGAGAAGAUGAGUCCUGCAAGGGAAUUACGCUCGGACUGGCUGUACAAAAUUAUAUCUACAUCAGUCUCGAGCUGCUAGGCCUGUAUGACCACGCCAUCGACACCAAGACCCUCUGGGAGAAGCCACUGGGAUGUGUUGGAGAGAAGACCACCUCCAAGGAUCUCAAACGCCGCGCCCUGGAAACGAGAGAUGACGGUGACGAGGAUGAGGAUAUCAAGGAUCCCAAAAUCGCGGUUGACAACAAAUUCUCGAAUGGAAGCGUCUCGACAAAGCCCCCCAAGAUCGACCAUGUCCCGGUUGAUGUUGACACCGUGGAGCCGGUGACUAAGUUCUCGUACGAUAACAUUAUCACCGACAUGAACCGGACUGCCGUGCUCUUUGCCGGUAAGGAAGACCGUCUGUACUUGGCCCCGUACGGCGACCCUGACACCGCCGCUGGAUCGCCCUUUGCCAGUCGUCCCGAUGCAAGCGACGUCGUGAUCAUCGGUGAUAUCUACGGUGGAUACCUCAACUACAACCCCAGCGAGAUGGAAGCGACUGGUGUCAGCAACCUCCGUUCUUCUCGUUUGACUGAUGUCCCUGUUGGUUCCAAGUUUAUCACCCUCGCAGAAGUCCACACAAGUGAGCUCGAAGACUCCCCCGCCAUGUACGUGGGAGCGAUCGAAGACCGGUUCUACGCCCUGGCGACAUGCAGUGUCAUCGACAUGGGAACACGGAUGUACGUUGUGGAUGCUAAGAGGGACGGAUUAAAGGACCUGAACAACAACGAUCUCGCGGAUUCGAUUGUCGCGGGUGAUGUUCGCGGCUGUCAGUAUGUGUAUCUGACGUCGUACAGGAAGGGGUUGAAGUUGGCUGAGUAG